GCUAAAGAUGGCGACGACUAGAGGAACACAACAAAAUAUUGAAUCCAAUGCUAACUACAUCAACACGGAUUUCAACUUUAGAAAUGUUAAGGCAAUUCGCUGUGGAAAUCGAGACAAUUGUGACACCAAAGUCUGAUGUUGUGCUGUGCUGAGGAACGUGUGGUGUUGUGUUCGACCAUUUUCAUUAGAAAAGCUUCGGCUUCAUGUGGCUCUUUUGCUAGCUAUCCAGCUAGCUAACACUGUUUUGGUACGGGUGUUGGACUGGAGGACUCGAAGAGGUACAGGUAGUUAAUGUAUCCGUGGGACGGAUUCCACGUAUGCAUCCCGAAAUUGUAGGAAUUUAACUACUUGGCUACUUUGCAUUACUGUCGGCUAGAAUUGGGCGUUUUUCGUCAUGUAUUUUUUAACCGGCUGGCCCCGGAGGCUACUUUGCCCGCUUAGAAGUGAGGAGGACCCGUUUCACAUUCAGCCAAGCUCCCAAAGAUUUUACUUCGCUGUGUUGUCAGAGACACAGCUCAGCAUCUGGUUCAGUCGGCCCAGCGUCCUGAUCGUCAGCUACGUGGAGUCGGCCAAGGCGGCAGCCCAGUUCGGGGUCUACCAGCAGGCCGAGUGGAAGGAGGACGACUCCAUGAUCGCUGUGGUGGCUGCCAAUGGAUACGUGCUCCUGUUCGACGUGCUGGGAGGUGGAGAUGACAAGUACCUGUAUGAACCAGUCUAUCCCAAAGGGAGUCCUCGUGUGAAGGUCACCCCAGGCUAUAAGGAGGAGCAGUGUGCCCCGGGCCUCAGCUUGGAGAUGAAGAGGCCGGUGGACCUGGAGGCCCCUAUCACCAGCCUGCAGUCCAUGCAGGAGGACUUGGUGGUGUCCACAGCCGACGGCUUCCUGCACAUCCUGCAGUGGAACGGUGUCUCCAACGGGCGCAAGGCCAUCAACCUCUGCACCGUGCCCUUCUCUCUGGACCUCCAGUCGUCUCGAGGUGGCCCCUCUCUGGACCUGGACGGUGUGCACGUUCGGGACAUGGAGUACUGCGUGACGCUAGACGGUUUCGCCGUGGUGUUUGACGACGGACGUCUGGGCUUCAUCACCCCCAUGGCCAGCAGGUUCACCGCAGACCAGCUGCAGGGUGUGUGGGCUGCAGAUGUUACCGACGGCACGUGUGUAGCAGUCAACAACAAGUACAGGCUGAUGGCUUUCGGCUGUGCCAGUGGUUCGGUGUUGGUCUACAUGAUUGACACUACAACAGGAUCAAUGCAGCUGUCACACAGGCUGGAGCUGACUCCUAAACACUACCCCGACAUCUGGAACAAGACGGGACCUGUGAAGCUGAUCCAGUGGUCCCCAGACUACAGCGUGGUCAUGGUGACGUGGGAGUGCGGGGGCCUGUCUUUGUGGAGCGUGUUCGGGGCUCACCUCAUCUGCACCCUGGGGGAGGACUUUGCGUAUCGAUCAGACGGUACGAAGAAGGAGCCCAUCAGGAUCAGCUCUAUGAGCUGGGGGGCAGAGGGCUACCACCUGUGGGCCAUCACCAGCAGUGAGGGGGCCCGGGGGGGCGAGGAUGGGAUGGAGGGGCCCCCUCCCCUCCAGCAGGCCGGGAUCCUGCAGUUCCAGUUCAUCAAGAGCGCCUUAACGGUCAACCCCUGCACGAGCAACCAGGAGCAGGUGCUGCUGAUUGGGGAGGACCGGCUGUACCUGACGUGUGGCGACCCCACCCAGGCCCACAGCCCCCCGGAACAGCACCUCCCGCGGGAGAACAGCCCCCUCUACCCGCCCUCCCACUCCCCCGCGCCCCCCUCCUCCUCCUCCUCCUCCACUCAGGGACUCAGCACUUUACUCGGACACCGGCACUGGCACGUGGUCCAGAUUCACAGCACAUAUCUGGAGAGUAACUGGCCUAUACGGUAUGCAGCCAUAGACACGCAGGGCCAGUGCAUGGCGGUGGCUGGGAGGCGGGGUUUCGCGCACUACUCCUCCUCCACCAGGAAGUGGAAGCUCUUUGGAAACAUCACACAGGAGCAGAACAUGACUGUAACUGGAGGUCUAGCAUGGUGGAAUGACUAUGUUAUAGUCGCCUGUUACAACUUUAUAGACCAGCAAGAGGAGCUGAGGCUGUACUUGCGGUCAUCAAACCUGGACAACGCCUUCGCCAAUGUCACCAAGCUGCACUCGGACACACUGCUGCUCAACGUGUUCCGCAACAUGGUGAUCCUGUUCAGGGCCGACUGCUCCAUCUGCCUGUACAACAUGGAGAGGAAGCAGGACAGCCCAAACUCCUGGGUCAGUAUUGAGCUCCUGCAGGAGGUGUCCAUGUCACGCUACAUCCCCCACCCGGCCCUGGUGGUGUCUGUCACCCUCACCUCUGUGCGCACUGAGACCGGCAUCACGCUGAAAGCCCCGCAGCAGGCCUGCGUGGCAGAGAGCAUCAUGCUGAACCUGGCCGGACAGCUCAUCAUGCUGCAGAGGGACCGCUCCGGCCCCCAGGUGCGCGACAAGGAGCAGCCUCCGCCCAAUCAGAAGAAGCUGCUGCCGUUCUGCCCCCCGGUGGUGCUGGCUCAGUGCGUGGAGAACGUGUGGACGACGUGUCGCAGCAACCGCAAGAAGCGGCACCUGCUGGAGGCGCUGUGGCUGGCGUGCGGGGAGGCGGGCAUGAAGGUGUGGCUGCCGCUCUUCCCGCGCGACCACCGCAAGCCCCACUCCUUCCUGUCCCGCCGCAUCAUGCUGCCCUUCCACAUCAACAUCUACCCGCUGGCCGUGCUGUUCGAGGACGCGCUGGUGCUGGGGGCCACCAACGAGACGGUGCUGUACGACGGGCCCCUGGGCUCCCGGGAGCCGCUGGAGGCGCACUUCCCCUUCUGCACGGUGGAGCGCACCUCGCAGAUCUACCUCCACCACCUGCUGAGGCAGCUGCUGGUGCGCAACCUGGGCGAGCAGGCCCUGCUCCUGGCCCAGUCCUGCGCCGGCCUGCCCUACUUCCCCCACGUGCUGGAGCUCAUGGUGCACGUGGUGCUGGAGGAGGAGGCCACCUCGCGGGAGCCCAUCCCCGAUCCGCUGCUGCCCACCGUGGCCAAGUUCAUCACCGAGUUCCCCCUCUUCCUGCGGACCAUCGUGCACUGCGCCCGCAAGACCGAGUACGCGCUGUGGAACUACCUGUUCGCCGCCGUGGGCAACCCCAAGGACCUGUUUGAGGAGUGCCUGAUGGCCCAGGACCUGGACACGGCCGCCUCCUAUCUCAUCAUCCUGCAGAACAUGGAGGUCCCGGCAGUUAGCCGACAGCACGCCACGUUGCUCUUCAACACGGCCCUGGAGCAGGGCAAGUGGGACCUCUGCCGUCACAUGAUCAGGUUUCUAAAGGCCAUUGGUUCAGGAGAGUCUGAGACUCCGCCCCUUACACCAACUACUCAGGAACCGAGCUCGACGGGGGGCUUUGAGUUCUUCCGGCACCGGAGCAUUAGCCUGUCUCAGUCAGCAGACUGUCUGAUCCCAGGGAAGUUCAGCCUGCAGAAGACCCUCAGCAUGCCUACCGGCCCCUCUGCAAAGAGCUGUGACCGGUGGAGCCGGGACAGCGACUGUGCAGAGAACAUGUACAUCGACAUGAUGCUGUGGCGCCACGCCCGCCGCUUGCUGGAGGAGGUGCGGCUCAAGGACCUGGGCUGCUUCUCCGCCCAGCUGGGCUUCGAGCUGAUUGGCUGGCUGUGCAAGGAGCGCACGCGAGCCGCCCGCGUCGACAACUUCGUCACGGCGCUCAAGAGGCUGCACCACGACUUCCUGUGGCCGUUUCCCGUCAUCCCGGCCUGCUCGACGCAGAUCAGCUCGCCCUAUAAGAACGGCCGCUGCCGCGCAGUGCUGGACACUGGGCUGCUGAAGUCCCAGUCCGCAGACAGCCUGCUGAACAGCGACAUGGACACGGCGCCCCCCCAUGGCCCCCCCAGCAGCCACAGCUGGCUGGACGGGCUGGGCGAGGAGGCCAAGGAGAUGGACAUGGCCUCCCCUGACCAGCCUCAGGCCCAGGAGGCCUUCUUGUCCCCCCUCAUCAACAAGGUGGAUGAGUGCAGCAUCGGGUCGGCCACAGACCUGACGGAGACCAGCUCCAUGGUGGACGGGGACUGGACCAUGGUGGACGAGAACUUCUCCACCCUGAGCCUGACGCAGUCCGAACUGGAGCACAUCUCCAUGGAGCUGGCCAAUAAGGGCCCGCACAAGUCCCAGGUGCAGCUCCGGUACCUGCUGCACAUUUUCAUGGAGGCGGGGUGCCUGGAGUGGUGUGUGGUCAUCGGCCUCAUCCUCAGAGACACAAACAUCAUCAAGCAGGUGGUCAGCUUCCUGGACUGCCCCGAGGUGGCGGCCGACACCGUGCUGAACGUGCGCAACGGGCUGCUGGCAGUGGACGCCUGGGCCUCCGCUGACUGCCUGGGCUACAAGCCGGUCCUGGGCGUGCUGCGGCCGCAGCUGCAGAAGCUGGCGGAGACGGCGGCCGAGCAGGUGCAGCCCGAGUCCUUCCAGCCCUCCAGCGCCUGCAAGCAGACGGAGGCCAGCUGCCCGCGCGCGGAGGAGAGCCGCGGGGCCGCCGCGCUGGGGGCCAGCCUGCCCGCCGAAGCCUCCGGAGGGUCCCCCCGGCCCGCCGACGACGGCCCCGAGGAAGAGCAGGAGGAGCAGAGCGGGGAGGAGGGGGCGUACGACUGCACCCUCUCCUGACCUCCCUGCAGCGGGGCCUCGGGAGCCCCCGCCCCCCCGCAGGACACGCGCAGGAGCGGGCGUGAGCGCCCCCUGAGGGUCGCCCAGGCGCAUUUCAGCUGGGAUUUCACCUGUGCCCCCUGAGCUGUUUUUAUCUUACCGCUUUAAGCAUUACUGUGUGUGUGUGUGUGUGUGUGUGUGUGUGUGUGUGUGUGUGUGUGUGUGUGUGUGUGUGUGUGUGUGUGUGUGUGUGCGCGUGCGCAUGCGCGCGUGCGUAUGUUUGAGCAAGUGUUUGGGUGUACGUUGUGUUUUGCAUCUAUUAAAUGGAGUGUCUUGUGCUGGGCUGUUCGACGACAGAGGAGUGAUACUCCCUCCUCGGCUGCCCACAUCUUCACACCGUAAGAAAACGAAGAGGGUUCUACAAAGUCUUUGUGCUUUUGAGUUCUCUGUGGAUAGAGUGUCAGUAUUACCUUGAAACACACUUUGUAGGCCCCCCGUGAAUCGGAGGUAUUGGGACAGUGUAAUAGUUUAAAGAGAGCCUUAGAUAACACUCAAACGGUAUACGCAUCGCUAUUUGUUAUUCAGAGGGCAAUACGCUCAGAUGGCAGACUUUAACCUGCAUGGAGGGGUUGCCGUCUCAGAUGUAACCUCCGCGCUGUCCCUGCCGGUCUCUUGUUGUGCAGGAUGGUAGGCUUGACGUGUUUUUCUCAUUUUAUGCGCUUGUGCUGUUGACUCUGCUGUGCGAUGGCACUCCCAUCAUGCUCUCUGGCUUUGGGAGUACAUAUUGGACGUUUUUUUUUUUGGCCGCCUUAGGACUUGUAAUGUCUUUUUCAUUACCUCUCCUAAGAUUCCACUCGACUGAACUUUGUGUACAUGAUCAAAAACUGCACAGAGGCAUUAUGUGUAAUUGUGUAUACCGAUGUGCAGAAAAUACUUUUGUAAUUCAACUAGGGCACAGAAAUCCCAACUGCACCCAAAACAGUUGUCCCCAAACAAACUGUAAGGUGGAUGGAACGCCAAUAAAUAUGUAAGCUUUGUCUUGCAUAUUUACUGAGAUAUGCUCUGGUUUGUCAUGGGUGGGGGGGGUGUAACAAACAUUUUCAUAUUCAUAUUAUAUUGCUUUACCUUGAGGAGCUCAAACCAUUUUAUUUUGUAUUUAGUCAGCUACAGGCUAUCGCACAUAAAGGGAUAGUCUUCAUCAGUUUAGUUUUUUUUUUGAAAGUCUCAUUAAAAAGGCCACAUAACAUCUGCUCAGAAAUCUGAAUUGGGUGUGUUUAAUCCACGCCAGGUCGGCAUAUCCUCAGGACGACUGCAGUGAAACUGAUUGCAUGUCACAGACGCGUCUGCAGAACACACUUAGUGAUGAUGUUAUCUGGAUACUGGAGGUGAAUGGAGGGGUCUUCACUUGCCGAAUGCUGUGCUUUAGUGACAUAUCUGUUGUGUUCUCUACAUUUCUGAAGUCAGCCCCCAUAAGACUGGACUGAAGGGUUGGAGUCUUGCUUUCUGGUUGGGUAAAGUACGCUUGAGAAAAAGAGAGGAAUGAGUGAGGAAUUCCCCUCGGAAACAGCUGGUUUCACCCCGUGUUUCACCAGCUGUUUUGUUGGGUCAUACACUCGUUCUCAUGACCGUAAGACUUUUUUUUAGAGCAGUGUACGAAACCAGUUGUUCUGCCCUUGAGCCUCUCAGCACUGAUGAUCAGCAAAUCCACGUUGGGGAGAAAAAUGAUGCAGAAUCGCUUCUGCGGUUUUAUUUGUAACAUUUUAUUAACCUUUUAUGAAACAAAAAUACACUUUCCCACCAGUUCAAAAACUAUGGUUCUUCAUAAUGUUUUUGCCUGUUUUAAUGGACCGAUGGUUCACCCACUCUGUACCCUGAUGUCAUAGACGUAAAUCAUGAUUUGAUUGAGGAAUUCAAAGUAUAUAAUCUGAUAUCCAGAUUGAAUCGGAAUAAGGUGAGCGUAGAAAAUGCAGAGGUAUGAAUGUGUCCCUUGUGUUUUUAACUUUUACCAUUCACUGCAGUUUGAUUGAAAUUAAAGCCAGUUUGCUCCAUUUAUACCCCAAAUUAUUCAUUUGGAUGAAUCGGCAAAGGUAAACAUUUUCAUAGAGUACCUCUUCACUUGUAUGUAGUGUGAUUUAAAGAUGAUUUGCAGGUACUGUAGGUCUGAAAGCUGACAAUGAGUAGAACAGAUUUUAUUGUGUCCAACAGGUGUGGAGACUGCUUGACUGAACUUUAUAGAAUAUUUUUUGAAUGAUGGUUCGACCCUGUUAGUCUGGAAUUGUCAUUGGUCUGUGCCGUGUUCUUAUGCGUUAUGAUGGCAUCUACUUGAGAAGAGGGUUAACAUGCUAAAACCAGUGUUGACGCUCGGGCAAUUGAACCGUGAUUUAAAGAAAAACAGUUUGAGUUAUGUGUGUUUUUAUGCUUCGGUCAGUUUGUACAUAUGACUGUAUGAAUCAGGUGGUACUGGAAUAGCCUGCAUCUGCAAGGUUUUGCUUUAGUAUGUUAACUGAAACCCUGUCCGCUUGUACCCAAGUUCAAGUGAACUGGUUGAGGAGUUGUUCCAUGUUCAACAUAGGAGUUAUUAUUAUUAUUAUUAUUAUUAUUAUUAUUAUUGCCCAGGCCUUUGAGGAACAUUGUAAUACAGCAGAUGUAUACCUUCAUUUCCAUAUCUUCACUUAUUUAUUUUUGUUGCUGUGGCGAUAUUAUGUGACUGCAUGGAUGGGAGUAGUGCUCCCGUGUCAGAACUAUAGGCGGGAGAACGGGAUGUUGGUUCCAGGUGGCACACGGAGGGGCCCUUUGAGAAACCAAUGAAAGUGAGAAUCGUAUAUACAUAUAAAAAUGUAUAUUUUAAUGGUAAUCACAAGAGGCUUUACUUUAUGUACAGAGCACACGCUUGAGGUAUUUACAGAGACGUGUAGUAAGGUCUGGUAGCCUCUCCCCUCCCCUUCAUGUGAACCCACAGCAGUAUUAAAAUGAUGCGAGAAGCGUUCGUAAAGAGGCCGUUUCCUAAACCCAGGCGAGGGCUGUUGCUACUUUUAUACAAUGGAGUGGUCUAUUUUUAUAGCCUCACGAUUUCUGCGCUGUAAUUUAAAUUUAACCACCCCCCCCCCCCACAUCCCAUCCCCAGCACAUUUUCUUUGCCCUGCUCAUGUGGACCAAAAUGUUUUUAAUGAUGUUUAAUUUAUCAGCGUCUAAACUCCUUGCUGAUUCAACGUCAGCCGUUUUUGUGUGCUGCUUUGUAAAUGUUCUUGCUCGUUCGAUAUUGCUUUAUGUCAGAAUUCAAUGCAAAGUGUUUGGCGGCAGUGUAAUUUCAGCUCGAGCCAUGCGGCACACAGAGCUGAACGGAACCGGCGAUGGCAAUGGGUACUGCAUGGUUUUGAUAUCUCGUGUGCUUCACACUUAAGCCUCUUCCGUGUUCCAUAAUCUCAGUAUAACCAGUAAAUGCAUAUUUUUCCCACUCCUGUGUUGAGCAAUUCAAGUCAAGACGUAGUGGUUUUACUCAUCGUAUUACUUAACCAAAGAAAUGACUUGCCACCCUCAAAAUGAAAUGUCAGUUGGAGGUCUGUGUGGAUGUGUGUGACGGUACACCGUUACGUGGGCCCCAAUAAGAAAACUAGCUCUCACUGGUGGAGCUUUGAGCCACUGUCCUGGUGAUCGAAAGGAUGGAGACGUUACAUAGAAAACAGUGCAGCUUCAUUGACAUUAACAAGCCUUUUAAAGCAAAGUCACUUAAUGGACAGACUUUUCAUGUGGAGGUACUAAACAUGGUAACAGUAUAUUAUGUACCUUAAGUGUUGGGAGGACUAUCUUCCUGUGUACAGUAAAACAUUGCCUGGGUCAGAUGGCCACUUUCAAUGCAGUGUAUAGAUACAGUUUCUUGUACAAUUACUUUUCUACUUUUUGUUUUCUAUUUUAUUUUUCCUGUACAUAAAGAACAAUAAAUUAUUUUUAAAAACAAA